CAAACCAAUAAGGGGACUCUGAUGCAGUCUUCUAGAAGUGCAAAUAUAAUUACGCAGUUCAGUUAUGUCCCAAACGAUGCAGGGAAAGGUCAUUUUGGAACUCGGGAGCGGGUCGGGAGUCCCGGGACUGCGCCUCCGCCCGCCCCGCCGGGGCUGCGCGGGUGCGGAGCUCUGCCCGCUGGGCCCGAGCGAGCCGGGGGGCUCAGCGCUCCCCCCGCUCCUCCCGCGGGGGGGUCCUGGAGACCGCACACGCCUUUCCCCCCAUUCUUUUCCUUUUUCUCACUUUUUUUUUUCUCCUUUUUUCCCGGUUUUGCCCUGCAGCCCGCCCGCCAGGCGCGCACCGGCGGCGCACCGCGCCGGCGCUGCGAACUUUGAGGAGCAUCCACCGGGAUUUACCGGCGGCGAGGCUGGGAAGCUCCUUUUUUUUUAUUAUUUGGGGCUUUUCUCAGGUUUUUUUCCUGCCGACGAGCGCGGCGGCGCCGCACGGCACGGGGCAGGCAGGGACGCGCGGCUCGGAGCAGCCGCACCGGGGGAGGAAUGGAGCGGGCGCCGCGCAGCCGGAGCGCGCCCGGGCCGCCGGGGUGGUCCCGCGGGGCUGCCGCCGGGGCGCUGCCGUUUAACCUCUGCCCGCCGCUAAUUGCUCCCCAUUUAAGCCAUGUCUCCCCCCACUCGGACCCCACCGCUCCCCGCCCGGCGCGGAAGUUAAAUGGCGGGGCCGCCUCGCGCCCGGCCCUCGGUGCCGGCGGAGUGAUUCACUUCCUGCCUCGCGCCCGCGCGGCCCCGCCUCACAAGGGCCCGCCCCGCCCCCUCGCCGCGUCCAUUGGUCGGUUCGGCCGGCGGCGCACUCCUAUUGGCCGGUGUGCGGGUGCCAGUCGUGGCGCGGCCGCUGCCGGGCCACCGUGCCGGUGGAUGUCAAAGGCUGGCGCGGCGGCGGUGGCGGCACAGUAUAACUCGUGGGGCUGCCGUGGCCAUGGCCACAGCCGCCUCCAACCCCUACGGCUUGCUGGGCGCCGGCGCGCUCACCCACGCCGAGGGCGCGGGCAUGCAGCAGGGCAGCCCGUUCCGCAGCGCGCAGAAGCUGCUGCAGAGCGAGUACCUGCAGGGCGUCCCCGGCAAUGGGCACCCGCUCGGGCAUCACUGGGUGACCAGCCUGAGCGACGGCACGCCCUGGCCCGCGGCGCUGGCGAGCGGCCCGCUGGAGCGGCCCGACGUGAAGCCGGGCCGCGAGGACCUGCAGCUGGGCGCCAUCGUCCACAACCGCUCGCCCCACGUCUCCCACCACUCGCCCCACGCUAACCACUCCAGCGCCUGGGGCGCCAGCCCGGCGCACAACGCCUCGCUGGCCGUCCCUCCUGCCGCUGCCGCCGGGCAGCCCCUGAGCGUGUACUCGCAGGGCGGGUUCGCGGUGGGCGGCAUGCUGGAGCACGGCGGGCUCACCCCGCCGCCCGCCGCCGCCGCCGGUCAGGGCUUGCACCCGGGACUGCGCGGCGAGGCCGGCGGCGAGCACGGAGAGCUGGGCGGCCACCACUGCCAGGACCACUCGGACGAGGAGACGCCGACCUCGGACGAGCUGGAGCAGUUCGCCAAGCAGUUCAAGCAGCGGCGCAUCAAGCUGGGCUUCACGCAGGCCGACGUGGGGCUGGCGCUGGGCACCCUGUACGGCAACGUCUUCUCGCAGACCACCAUCUGCCGCUUCGAGGCUCUGCAGCUGAGCUUCAAGAACAUGUGCAAGCUGAAGCCGCUGCUGAACAAGUGGCUGGAGGAAGCCGACUCCUCCACUGGCAGCCCCACGAGCAUCGACAAGAUCGCGUCGCAGGGGAGGAAGAGGAAGAAGAGGACCUCCAUCGAGGUGAGUGUCAAGGGCGUGCUGGAGACGCACUUCCUCAAGUGCCCCAAGCCGGCCGCCCAGGAGAUCUCCUCGCUGGCGGACAGCCUGCAGCUGGAGAAGGAGGUGGUGCGGGUCUGGUUCUGCAACCGGCGGCAGAAGGAGAAGCGCAUGACCCCUCCGGGCGAGCAGCCGCAGCACGACGUGUACUCGCACGGCGUGAAAACGGACACGGCCUGCCACGACCUCUGACCGCGGGCUGCGGCAACGGGACUGCUCGGCCGCGGGACUGCCCGCUGGGCUUUAACUUAUGGUUUCGGGAGACGCGGCCAGGGGUCCCCGCCCGCCGCCGACUCGGCAAUAUUUUUUUUCCUCUCUCCGACCUUUCCGCUGAUCACACACGGUGUUGGCUCGCAGACAAGGUUUGUUUUCGGUUCUCCGCUAGGACGAAGGAAAAAAACCAAAAAAAGACACAAAAAACCCCACCCCCACCGCAGAGCAAAACCCAAACAAAAAAGAAGGAAAAAAAAAAAACACCCACAAACAGGAAAAAAAGGGAAAACCCAUGGAAAAAUAGAAAAUUAAAAAAAACCAAACCAAACCAAAACAAAAAAAAAAACCCGACAGAAAAGGAAAAAAGGAAAGACGAAAGACAGAUGUGUGCCUAUGAAUAAACUUCCAGCGCCGUGGUUAUAUCAGCUGUAUUUCAGGUGAAUCUGUUUUACAAUAGACUAGUUUUGCAUUUUUAAAGACUUAUAUAGCGUUUUUAAAUGUCUGAGGUGUUUUACUACAAACUGUACACAAUAUUUGUGACCUAAUUUGUAUCGAAUUGAGCAGUCCAAACAUUUUUCCCUUCCCCAAGCACUGGCAAUGUCACCCAGUGGGGCCGGGCGGCCGCGGUCCGUCCUCACCUGCCCCCGAGGAGAUGGGGUUCCCUCCGCGCCCGCGGAGCCCCGCACCGAUGUGAAGAGCAGGCUUAUUUAUUGCAGCUUUUUUCUUCCUUUUCAAGAACUUUCCAACACCGUAAAACGGUCGGGUCACAAGCCUGACCUCCCCCCUUCUUCUCUCAAGGGAAAUAUAUAUAAAAAUAAUUAUUUCUUCGAGAUUUACCCGAAAUUAAGCAUCACAACCAAACCCGUGGCAUUUGCCAGUCUUUUUCUUUCCGAAGUUCAGUUGGACUUUUUGAUCAGCGCCAGACUGAGAGGUCUGUAGUAAAACACCUUUA